CUAUAGUAAUUUGCUCUCUGCCAAUCGUGAAAGGAGAAGUAAGUUGCGCUUAGAAUUUUAACCACUGGAGGACAAAUCAAGGAGUGGGUUGGUUAGAAGUAUCGUCGCGGACAACGCCCACGGAUGUGUCAGCUUGACCCUAAAGUUACUAUUUCGGGCUGAUAGAGAAUACACAAUAGCGCGCGGUGGGCUUUGCGUCAGGCGGCGCGCUCACUCACUCUGCGCAUUUCUGGACAGGUUCAGUCGUGAGCGAGGAAACGGCACAUCAAGUGUCUCAGCGAGGAAUCAAACCGAUUCUUCGGGUUAUCAUCGCUCCCCGUGACACACUCGAGCGCAUUCGCGUCAGAUUCUCAUCCGAUUAGGAGCACAAACCUUUAUUGUCCACACCUGUAUCAAGCCAAAGGGGCAGUUUUUGUGACCUCCAUUCUGCCCUGCUCUCCUUUCACACCUUUAAUUGUCAGGAUCACCACGACACGGCAAAACCAUGCCCAAGAGCAGUAAAGUGACUCAGCGCGAGCACAGUAAUGAGCAUGUCACAGAGUCUGUGGCUGACCUCCUGGCGCUGGAGGCUCCCAUGGACUACAAGAGCAGUCAGAUGAGCAUGAACAUGGCAGGGGGGGGCCCUCCUCCCAUAGGCAAACCAGACAUCUCUCCUGACCUAGAAGACGGACGCCCUGCAUGGAACAGUAAGGUGGAGUAUAUCCUGGCCCAGGUGGGCUUCUCAGUGGGUCUGGGUAACGUGUGGCGUUUCCCUUACCUUUGCCAGAAGAAUGGAGGAGGUGCCUACCUUGUUCCAUACUUCAUCCUUCUUAUCCUUAUUGGCAUCCCACUCUUCUUCUUGGAGCUGGCGGUUGGCCAGAGGAUCCGUCGAGGGAGUAUAGGAGUGUGGAAUUAUGUUUGUCCAAGACUCGGCGGCAUUGGAGUGUCCAGCCUGAUGGUGUGUGGUUUUGUGGGUCUGUACUAUAAUGUGAUUAUCGGCUGGAGCAUCUUCUACUUUUUUAAGUCGUUUCAGUAUCCUCUGCCCUGGAGCGACUGUCCCAUCAGAAGGAACGGCAGCCAAGCCAUUGUGGAGCCUGAGUGUGAGAAGAGCUCAGCAACCACCUACUUCUGGUACCGCGAGACCCUGAACAUCACCAGCACAAUUGCAGACAGCGGCGGUCUGAACUGGAGGAUGACUCUGUCGCUGCUGGGUGCCUGGAUAAUUGUCUGCAUGGCUGUAAUAAAGGGCAUUCAGUCUUCUGGGAAGGUGAUGUACUUCAGCUCUCUUUUUCCAUAUGUGGUGCUCUUUUGCUUCCUGGUGAGAGGGCUGUUUCUUAAAGGAGCAGUUGACGGCAUUGCUCACAUGUUCACACCAAAGCUGGAGAUCAUGUUGGAGCCGCAGGUAUGGCGUGAAGCUGCCACUCAGGUCUUCUUUGCUCUCGGUCUGGGAUUCGGUGGAGUCAUCGCUUUUUCCAGCUACAAUAAGAGAGACAACAACUGCCAUUUUGAUGCCGUGCUGGUCUCUGUUAUUAACUUUGUGACCUCUAUACUGGCCACACUGGUGGUGUUUGCAGUGCUGGGUUUCAAAGCCAACGUCAUGAAUGAGAAAUGUGUGGUGGAGAAUGCUGAGAAGAUCCUGGGCUACUUGAACUCAAAUGUGCUGAGUCAGGAUCUCAUCCCCCCUCACGUGAACUUCUCCCACCUCACCUCGUCGGACUACGCUGAGAUGUACGGUGUAAUAAAGAUUGUGAAAGAGGACAGUUUUGCGCAGCUGGGGCUGGAGCCGUGUCUGCUGGAGGAUGAACUCAAUAAGGCGGUUCAAGGCACCGGUCUGGCUUUUAUUGCCUUUACCGAGGCCAUGACCCAUUUCCCUGCUUCUCCCUUCUGGUCUGUCAUGUUUUUCUUCAUGUUGAUAAACCUGGGUCUGGGCAGCAUGAUAGGCACCAUGACUGGCAUCACCACACCUAUUCUGGAUACUUUCAAAAUUCGAAAAGAGGUCCUCACAGUGGGCUGCUGUAUUGUGGCCUUUUUGUGCGGCCUGCUGUUUGUCCAGCGUUCAGGGAAUUACUUUGUUACCAUGUUUGAUGACUAUUCUGCUGGUCUGCCCCUCACCAUUGUGGUGAUUCUGGAGAAUGUGUCUGUAGCCUGGAUCUAUGGCACCAAGAGGUUCAUGCAGGAUCUGGAAGACAUGCUGGGUUUCAGACCGUCCAUUAUUUACUUUUACCUGUGGAAGUAUGUGUCUCCAGUGUGUCUGCUCAUACUGAUUUCUGCUAGUGUGGUAGAGAUGGCCAUCAGCCCUCCGGGAUACAAUGCAUGGGUGCAAGACCUGGCCACAGAGAGGUUUCAGAGUUAUCCUCCUUGGGCACUGGCCAUGUGUUUUGCUCUGAUCAUUGUGGCGAUGCUUCCCCUUCCGUUGGUCUUUAUUGCCCGUCACUUCAAUUGGAUCCCAGACGGCUCCAACAAGCUGUCCGUCUCCUACCGCAAGAGCCUGGCAAAGGAGGCUUCCACCCUGGAAGAUGAGACGAGGUUCAUCCUGGGGAAGAACCCCAGCGAAGCACCUUCUCCCAUGCCCAGCCACAGGGCCUAUCUGGGCCCCGGCAGCACCUCUCCUGUGGAGCUCAUCACCAACUCUACCUCCAUCAGUGGCUAUGGCAGCGGUUACCAGACCAACCCCGCCCCUCCCAAAUCUGAGUCAUGAUCCUCCAACCCACCGACCAGAGACUGAGACGGAAAGAGAAAGAAGAUGCUGAACAGAUGAGAAGGUCCUAGUGUUGGUCACACCUUAACCCAAACCAUCCGAAGGAGCAGGGCAACAAGAAAACAGACAGAGAGCCACAGAGAUCCUUCCUAGACAGGUUCCCCUGAGCCCAAUUAUUCAUACGGACUACAGAUGUUGAAAGACAGAUCAGAAUGUAAGGUGGCUUAUUUGGUGAGUUGGUAAGUUAUUUUUUGCAUACAGAUAAGGGUUCAAACAUUCAAGCUUCAGGGUUGGUCUCUGUGACUUUUUCAGGGUCAUAGGGAUGGUGAGAGCCGCGGGUCAUAGUUAUCGCUCAGGUUAAGGUGUUACCAAUGCUGCUGAAAUCUAGACAUCUUACAAAAAUGCGCAAGAUACGAGAUGCCAUGCAAGGAAUUUCAUUUAAACUCAUCUUUAGAGCUAAAGGGACACGACUCAGAGGGGCUCAGAGAAACUACAGCUUUCACUUCUUAUAAUGAGCCCUCUAGUGGAUAUUAUGUAAGUGUCACUGUUAAAUACAGACCACCUGAGAGUAGAGUGAAUUGAUAGCUUGAUUUCUGUUAGCGACUGAAGUUCGUCUUUUUUUUUUUAAUAAGUGUUCUCGGUUAUAGACUUUGCACAUCAACAGUCUGUCCUGUCCACAUCUCAGCACAAGAGGGCGACAUAUGUAUUCAUACACAAAGCACAUAUGUAUGUAGUCUCAGUGCAGUAUCAAAUAUAUACAGUAUAAGUGUUGGGUUCAGGCUGAUUUUGCAACUGGAUUUAAUUGUGAUUUUUUGGAAAGUUUUACCUAGAUGUUUUCAUUUUUAAUAAUCAAAACAAAUGGUGACUUCUUGAUAGAGGCGAUUUCCACACAGCACAAGAAAUGACGUUUUCAGGAUGCAAUAAGGGGUGCCGGUUGAGCCAAGUAAACUCCGCCAAGCACAAUAACUAUUAUUUAAUAAAUUACAUAAAAAUUAUUAUUUUAUUUCCACUUCAGCAGUGGCAGUAAUAGCAAUGAAAUUUGCCAUUGAGAGGUUUACUUUGAAGCCCGGUUCUAAACAUGUGGAGAAAUCUGCAUUUGCUGUGCUAUUAACUUAACUUAAUCUUUAUACUUACAGUUAUCAUGCUUGGUGGAGAUUGAACUAUUUUAGGCCUAUAUAAUUAUUUAAAGUGACAUUUAGGAUGGAGACGGUAUGCUCCAAAUAGGGAAUGAAACCUGUUUUUAAAUUUCAAACCACAACACAUGUAAAUGGUUAAGUGGUGUUUGCUUAUGCUUUACAAAUGCCAAUGUCAGAUUAUUUACUGAAGAGCACAGAGAAGCAUUUGGCCCUUGUUCAACACUGCCUGUUUUCAAACUUGCUGUUCUGGGGCCAUAUUACAGACACAUAUUCUCGUCAGAGUCACUAAACAUACUGCAGAGGUAUACGUGUGCAAAAUGCAUUAUGAGGUCAUUUGUGAGGAUCUGGUAUUUUAAGACUUUUUGGAGGAGGGAGAAACAUUUCAGCAACUCAGAGGUGAUUAUUUAAUUAAUAAAUGCUUAUAUACAAGCACACACUACCAAUCAAAUGUUUUUGUUUAGCGAAAUGUUAUGAGAAUGAAAUUCUUUCAUUUAGCAUGGAUGCAUUAAAUAAAAUAGAUAUAGAUAAAGUGACAGUAAAUACAUUAAAAUACAUUGUAAAAUGUAAUAUUUUACAGUAUUAAUGUAAUGCAGCACUGCUAAGCAUUGGCUUUUAAAGACCACAAAAAAAUAAAUCUGACUACAAACUUUUAAACGAUAGCUUAUGCAAUAUUUUUUUCUCUCUCUCUCUCUCAAAAGUAUAUAUUACACAAACACACACACACACACACACACACACACA